AUCUAUAGUGAAUUGCGCAGCAUUUUUAAAAUAUCGAUUUCUUUCAAACAAAGCAUGAUUCGAACGAAACACAAGUGUGUCAUUUCAUUUUUCUCAACAAUAUAUGGAAUUCCAAACCAAAUGUUUGGUUCUUGUGAAAUUUCUCAAAUCAUUUAACGAGAAAGUCACAAGCAUGAAAUCAACAAAUCAACUUCUCAGGGUUGUAUAACCUUUGGUUAAUUAGAUUACUGCGUGCCAAAGAAAAAUGAGAUCGUGUCAACAAUUCUUUACACUUCAAACGUUAUGCUAGAAAAAUGUACUAAUCUAUUUUGAUCUUAAGAUAACCAAUGUUAUCAAUCGAUUUUAGAAAUCUUAGAAAUGUUACGACGAAAUAGAUUCAAGAAUAGAGCAACUGUGAUUGGUCUCAUAGUACUGGCAACUAUAAUUUAUAAUGAAUUUUUAAUCUAUGAAAUACAACGGUUAAAAUGGUCCUUACGGGAAUGCUCAGAGUGUGUGAAAGUACUGGUUGUCGCAGAUCCACAAAUACUGGGUGAAAAACAUGAAAAUUAUUUUGGUUCAUGGAUAGCACAAUGGGAUAGUGACAAGUACUUGAAGAAUACAUUCUCAAGAGCUUUGAGUCAUUCUAAUCCUCAUGUUGUUGUAUUUUUGGGAGAUCUUAUGGAUGAAGGUCAUAUUGCUUCUGCAGAAAAUUUCAAAGCUUACAAGAAGAGAUUGGAUUCUAUCUUUGAAAUGCCUGAUCAUAUAAUGAAAAUUUAUCUACCAGGUGAUAAUGAUAUUGGAGGUGAAGAGGAUUCAGUUUCAACUAACAUUCAUAACAGAUUUAAUUUUGCAUAUACCCAACCAGAUACUUUAGUUUAUAAAACAGUAACAUUUUUUAAGGUAAACAGAUUAACUCAUUCAAUGCCAGAAGCCCCAAAAGAUGCCUUUCUCAAUGAUUAUGCAGAAAGAAAUACAACAAAUGUAGUACUUAGCCAUAUGCCCCUAUUAUUCAUGCCUGGUACUUUUGUCCAGAAUGUACUAAAAGAAUUAUCACCGCAAAUUAUUUUUACUGCUCAUGAACACAAAGCCAUGCAUAUCAGUUUGGAUACAGCAACAGACCAAUUAAGUGAAAUUUGGAUUUUACCUCCUAAUGAAAUGCCAUUAUAUCAGUUAAGAAUGGAUGUAGGUGAUAUACACGAAGUGCAAAUACCUACUUGUUCGUAUAGAAUGGGUACCCCUCACAUAGGUUACGGUUUAGCUUAUAUUGAUACUCAAGAGAAAAUAGUAGAAUUUACGAUUUUAUGGUUACCAGAGAGAUUUCCCCAAUUAUGGAUUUACAUCUUAGUUGGAGUGUUUAUUUUAGUCUUCAGUAUUUGCACUCAGUACUUAUAUUUAUAUUUCUAGUAAUUGCAUAAUGAAUCAUGGAGCUUAUAGUUGCGCCUUUUCAAUGUAACAGUUAAUCAAAUAUGAAAUGAAAUGCGAAAUGAUAACUUGACAUUAGAAAUGAGGUACAAAGAUCCGUCCAAUAUAUGUGAUUCUGUUACCAUCUAUGUCAAGUGUUGAAAGGGAUGAUGUGAUGGUUAUUUAAUAUGUUUCGCCCGAACGCCGUAAAUCUACCUUUUGUGAGACAAACCGUUCUGACGGACCAUUUAAAUUCAUCUCAGAGUGCGCUUUCAAAUAUACUUUAAUAUUGCGAUGAAUUUCAAAAUACUCGAACAGAAAGUAUUGAAACAAACAAAUUAAAACAAGCUACCGUCAAUAAAAAUAUUUUUA